AUGGACAAAGCCCAGUAUAAAAAGCCAGAGAAUGUGCAGAUGAGGGUCAACCUGGCCACUAGCUGGGUGAUCCUGGCUAAACUUCUUAACUUGCCCUUUUUGAACCAGCUACAGCGUCUCAUGGAUUCUCUGGUGGAUGGGAACCACACUGCAGUGACAGAGUUCAUUUUAUUGGGCUUAACACAAGAUCCUACCCUUCGGGUCGCCCUCUUCAUGGUCAUCCUGUGCAUCUAUCUGGUGACCAUAUCUGGCAAUCUCAGCACAAUCAUUCUGAUCAGAAUCUCUCCUCAGCUCCAUCGUCCUAUGUAUCUUUUCCUGAGCCACUUGGCUUUGAGUGACAUAGGGCUUUCAUCCUCUGUCACACCAAAUAUGCUUGUAAACUUCCUGGUGGAGAGAAAUACAAUCUCCUACAUUGGAUGUGCGAUCCAACUUGGAUCAGCUGCUUUCUUUGGGACAGUUGAGUGCUUUCUUCUGGCUGCCAUGGCCUAUGAUUGCUUUGUAGCAAUCUGCAACCCACUGCUUUAUUCAACUAAAAUGUCCACGAAAGUCUUUGAACUGAUGUCAGUAUCCCUGCAGUGGCCCCCUCAUUUUUUUGCUGGCUCCAUCAUUGUGGUCACAGUGCUUGUCAUAGCCAUCUCCUAUGUCUACAUCCUCAUCACCAUCCUGAAGAUGCACUCCACCGAGGGCCGCCACAAGGCCUUCUCCACCUGCACCUCCCACCUCACUACAGUCACUCUGUUCUAUGGGACAAUUACAUUCAUUUACGUGAAGAAUCAUAUCAGAUUACUAUGA